ACCGGAGCCACUGGGCCCUGGCCUGCUCUGUUGUCAACACGUUCUCAGAUGCUGCUUCCCUCUGGUGGUAACUGCCGGCCCUGCAACCCAGACCACGUGAUUUCUGGGAAACGUUCCUCCCAAGAGGAGAACUGAAACUUAGGGUGGGGCUAUAGGAAGGGGCGGAGAGAUCAGAAACCUAGCCUAGAACAAGCCGAACCUGGGACAUCCUCGGUCGCUCAGGAUGGCCUCAGGCAAACCACGCUGCACCCGAAAACUGCGGAGUUGGAUAAUAGAGCAGUUGGAGAGUGGGCAGUUCCUAGGGGUAUGCUGGGAUGACACAGCUAAGACCAUGUUCCGGAUUCCCUGGAAGCAUGCAGGCAAGCAAGACUUCCGAGAGGACCAGGAUGCUGCCAUAUUCAAGGCUUGGGCACUGUUUAAGGAAAAGCACAAGGAUGGGGACAUAGGACACCCUGCUGUCUGGAAGACUCGCCUGCGCUGUGCCCUCAAUAAGAGUUCUGAAUUUGAAGAGGUUCCUGAGAGAGGCCGUAUGGAUGUUGCUGAACCCUACAAAGUAUAUCGGAUCCUGCCCCCAGGAACCCUCCCUGCCCAGCCAAGAAGCCAGAAAUCACCAUCAAAGCGAUCCAUCAGUUCUGUGUCACCAGAGAGGGAAGAGAGGGAAGAGAGCAAGGCAAAGGGGAGGGCCAGUGGGAUUGUAAAGCACUCAGACAGCAGCGGUGGCAGCAACAGUGGCUACAGCAGUAACAGCGGAGACAGCAGCCCCGAACCAGAGGAAGAUGCUAGCACAACAGAAGCCCCCGUUCAAGAGGACCCAGUGUUCAUGGAGCAUCUGCUUCCUCCAGACUCAGACUACUCGCUGCUGCUCACCUUCAUCUACAGUGGCCGCGUGGUGCAUGAGGUCAAGGUGCACAGCCUAGACUGUCGCCUAGUGGCUGAGCCCUCAGCCUUGGAGCGCAACAUACUCCAGGUGCUGUUUCCCAAACCUGAUCCGCCGGAGCCUAUCCAGAGCCUGCUGAACCAGCUUGAGAGGGGCAUCCUGGUGGCCAGCAAUUCCAGAGGCCUCUUUGUUCAAUGCCUUUGUCCCAUCUCCGUCUCCUGGGAUGCACCUGAGGCCCCAUCUGGGUCUGGUCCACAUCUGCUGCCCAGCAAUAAGUGUGUGGAGCUCUUCAGUACCAGCUGCUUCUGUAGAGACUUGGCCCAGUACUUCCAGGGCCAAGGCCCCCCACCCAAGUCCCAGGUAACACUGCAUUUCGGGGAGAAGAAUCCUGGCUCUAGCCAUACCCAGGAGAAUCUUAUCACCGUGCAGAUGGAGCAGGCGUUUGCCCGACACUUACUGAAGGAAAUUCCAGAGGAGCAGAGAGCUGCUUUGUUCCUGGUACAGAACCCAGAAUGCCCAUCUGCUGCUUUGUCGCUCUGACCACAGGUCUCCAUGGAAACAGACUUGUUCUUCACACCGUUGGUCUGCCUCCUUUGUGCUGACUUUACCACUGGCUUAUACAGCAUGGCUGGUAGUGCAAGCAUCUUUUUUCUUCUUAGAACAAUUAUUUUGAAAGCCAGUCUUGUUGGUGAAUAUUUGUAAUCUCAGCACUUGGAAGACAGACUGAAUGAUUAUGAGUUCAAGAACAACCUGGGAGAGACUUUUAUGUACUUUUUUUUUAUUAGCUGUACCCUCUUUCAUCUCUAAAGAACUGUAAAGUUCUGAAUAGUGUGAUCUCAGUGGGAAUUUUGCUCUCUUUCCAACCCCUGACUCUAAAUCCAAGCACUUUAUAUUUCCUUCUUAGAUCCUCACUGGAAUUUAAAAUAAAGAUUAACUGGGUGGGGUAGUAUGCAUCCGUAACCUCUGCACACAGGCAGGAAGAAUGUGGAUUCAAGGCCAACCUUGACUAUAGUGACCCUGUCUCCAAAACAAUAAAUAAAGCUUUUUAAAAGAGA